UCAUUGGGGUGCAAGACAAGGCAACGUGAGAAAGGUGACAUGCUGUGGUUCCAUCGAGUUCCCGUGUUCUCACUCGCUCAGGAAACAAAUCCGUAACGUUCUUGAAACACAAAGACUGUCUUAACGGGUGGGAUCAAUGGAGAAACGCGGUCUGUAAUGGUCGGUGUUUGGACGAAUAGUCCCUAACAAGGCAAAACAUGUGAACGUUACGUUACACUAGCCUGCAACGAAAGCUGUGCACCUCCUCCUCCGUCUGCACUCUUCUGGAAGAUGCUCUGUUUCCAUGUCGCCGAUAUAGCUUUAUUAUAAGUCGGAGUGAAAUAUCUCUCGUUUUGAUUUAUGACCAGUUUCUGAAUUAUUGGCCAAUGCAUUUAUCUCCACGUUGAUUUAGGAAAGGCGCUUUCACCGAGGACACUCGAAGGACGUAUUCUUCAGUGUCUGGAGGUUUCUCAUUGGACUCGCUUUGAUUCUUUCGAGAUUUUUGUUUCGUUUUGUGUGGAUAACGUACCGAAAUACUCGCUAUCAGGAACGCAAUUUAAAUUGCUGGUUAAAAUACAAUGGAAGAACUAUUCAAACAAAUGUUUUUUUUGUUCUUCUUAAUAAAGAGGGAGAUAAGAUAGAUGUGACGGGGAGUCCCUUUUGCCCGACCUUUGAGGACCCAAUGCAACAUAGUCCAGUACAUUAAAUUAUGCGAUUUUUUUAUUUGUAAAGGAUAGCAUCAUAUCAACUUGCACAACACUCGAGAGUGGGGAGCAUAGCCGAUAACCUACAAUUUCACAUAUUUCCUUAAAUACCUUUUUAUUUUCCAUAUUGUUGUGAAAGGUGCACAGAUGCAUCUCGGACUAGAUGAACCAGUGCGGGAAUGCCAAUACAAUCAGAUCUGCACGCGCAACUCGUCGCCUAUGGAUUCCUCGCAUAAAAAGAAGAAAAUACCCCAGAGGAAAUGGCAAAUCUUUCCUGGAAGAAAUAAAUUCUAUUGUAAUGGAAGGAUCAUGAUGGCAAGACAGACUGGCGUUUUCUACCUUACACUGGUCCUUAUUAUGGUCACCAGCGGGCUAUUCUUUGCUUUCGACUGCCCGUUCCUGGCGUCCAACCUGACCCCGGCCAUCCCAGUCAUCGGAGGGGUGUUGUUCUCCUUUGUGGUGGGGAUGCUCCUCAGAGCCAGCUUCACCGACCCGGGCGUCCUGCCUCGCGCCACACCCGACGAGGCUGCCGAUCUGGAGAGACAGAUAGAUGCAGCUAACGGGUCCAGUGGGCCAGGAUACCGGCCACCCAGAACCAGGGAAGUGCUGAUCAACGGGCAGACGGUCAAGCUGAAAUACUGCUUCACCUGCAAGAUCUUCCGGCCGCCGCGCGCCUCCCACUGCAGCCUGUGUGACAACUGUGUGGAGCGUUUUGACCACCACUGUCCCUGGGUGGGGAACUGUGUGGGCCGGAGAAACUACCGCUUCUUCUACCUGUUCAUCCUCUCGCUCUCCUUCCUCACCCUGUUCAUCUUUGCCUUCGUGGUCACCCACGUCAUCCUGAGAUCCAACCGGACAGGAUUCCUCAGCGCACUUAAAGACAGCCCUGCCAGUGUGCUGGAGGUGGUGGUGUGUUUCUUCUCUGUGUGGUCUAUUGUCGGCCUGUCCGGUUUCCACACCUACCUGAUCAGCUCCAAUCAGACGACAAACGAAGACAUUAAAGGCUCGUGGUCGACCAAGCGUGGGAAGGACAACUACAACCCUUACAGCUACGGCAACAUCCUGACCAACUGCUGUGCCGCUCUCUGUGGACCCCUCCCACCUAGUCUGGUUGACAGAAGAGGUUUCAUCCAGCCAGACACACCCCAGCCUGCCUCCCACUCCAAUGGGGCCAAUUUAUACACCUCCACCCAGCUUCACACUCACAUGUGUGACCAACAUCAGUGCAUUCAGAGCACCAAAUUCGUUUUACAGGCCGCUGCCACUCCGCUGCUCCACAGCGACCCAGUCAUGCUGAGCAGGGGGGCUCCACUCCCAGGGAAGAGCUCUCUGGGGGGGCCCUGUGUGUCCCUGGCUUCCGGACAGCCCUCCCUGCCCUCCUCCAUCCCCAGCCUGAGCUGCGCGGGGGACAUGCUGACUCUGAGGGAUUCCGACGCACACUGCCACCACCAUCACUUUGUCAGCCCGGACCAGGAGACUCCCUCGCCGCCAGGGCCCGGCCCGCUGCCCUGCGCCAUUCACAUGACCCAUGGUCACACCGGCCAGCUGUACGACCCGGCUAGCCAGGACUCCCUGCACGAGGACUCUGUCCGGGGCCUGGUCAAGCUCAGCUCGGUCUGAGCCCCACCUCCAGACUCCCUCCAGACACAUCCUCUCCCACUCUCCACUGCCGGCUCAGGACCAAAGCCAUACUUCCAGUCACACGCCCCAAGACCCAAAUCUUCUACUCACCUGUGGAGAUAAGCUACUCCAGUGCCAUACAAAUCCUCUCAGUUUCUUCAUUGCACUCAACCAGGACCAAAGUCAGGCUUCCAGCUUGUUCCUCCUUCAGUAUAGCCAGUCCCAGCUGUAGCAAGCACAGAAAUGGGUAGCUGGCUGCCUGCCAAAAACCCUCUGGCCAUAUUCUCCAUGAAAUAUCAUUGUACCUGCAUCAGCAUUGAAAAAAAACAUGUAUUUCCGUCAAACUCUCAUACUUAAAGGUUGAUAUUGUUGAUUUUACGCCAUAAGAAGGCACAGCAAGAUGUUUUUUUAUAACUCUUCAGGUUCCAUGAUCAACUGAAAAGACUUGAAUCAGGACUGCAGAACCUGUUUAUACUUUGUGAUGUCAUGUGCCCAUCAAGUCUGGUGAUGCUCUUUUAUAAAGAAGAAGACAGCUAGCAAGGGGCUGCUGGCCUGCAACCAUGACCCUUGUUUGAGAUUGUGGGUAUGGAUACUGUUAAUAGUGAUUGGUGGUGUUCAUCAGCUCCAGUGUGAAGCGAAGAAGUUACAUUUUGAUCAAAUGUGAAGCCAAAACAGUCAAUAAUAUGCUGUGCCAAGAUUUUUCAUUGACUUCCAGCUGUUACAUGAAUGCCUGUGGAUAUUAAUAAAUUCACAACUGUUU